AUGAGCAAUACAAAAUUGACAAGUUCUCAGAGCACGACUUCGCAAAGCGAGCCACCACAGCCAUCGCCACUGACAGUGGACCCGGCCAACCCGCAGGAGCAGACGCUUGGGUUCAGGAUCACCCCGCCGCUGGAAGACGACGACACGAUGCGCAACGUGAAAUCGUUGGAAAACGAGGAUAGUGGCCGCGAGUCGGGCAUCGUCAUCGAUAUCAAGUGCUCGACGACCCAGGUGACGAAGCCGUCGCCUAAG